AUGAAGACUGCUGCUGUUGUAAUGAGGAAGGCUUGAGUUCCUAUCUCAGUUUUGCCACUUGCUAUCUGUACUAAGUUACCGUGUUGUAAUUAAGUUUACUUUUGGGGCGCAGAAAGAUCUUAUUUAUGGUGAGAGUUCGGUAGCAUUUAUCAUCAUAAUAGAACUGGGAGCUAAUAGCGGCCAUUAGAUAGUUCAUUAUGCUUCCAAUUUUAUCAGGAAUUGGGUUGAUCGCAUUUAGAGUGUAUUUAACAGGAUCAAAUUUUCCAAAAAGAUAAUCGAAAUACACGCUGAAAGUGUGGCAAAACAUUUUAACAGGUGUCGUCCUGAAAAAUUGGAGAUAAAGAGUGUAAGGCAUUAAAUCAAGUUGGGUGUUUUCAGCGUUUAGACUCUGGAGAGUUGAAAUUCACCGUGUCUAUGACGAGCUCAUACAUCAUUCUCUGUAGGUAUCUCGUCUGGCAUUACCGGCUGGUGGAUGCCUCUUUUCUGCCAGGAGACUACAGUUGGGAAGUGACUUCUGGAAGAAAAUCCGUCAGGAUUCAAUACCGUCCUCGUCCUCGUAGGGCACUCCGGGAACCUGCCUAGAGUAAGAUGGCGCUUUUCCUAAGCACCUCUCAGAGAUUUCCAUAACGAGAGUCACGCACUUGGAGGCAUCUUUGCCAUUACCCAAGAUGGUGAGCCGCGCAGCCUCAUCGUUUCCAGGUUUCAAUAUGGCUCCCCGCGUCACCGAAGAGGUUAAUAUCAGAAACGAACUUGAACUCACGCGGAAGUGACGCAAGCAGAAGUUGUCGCGCUUUGCAUCUCCGCCUCCCGUGCUCCGCCCCCGGUCUUACGUUUCGUCCCCGGUCUUACGUUUCGCCCCCGGCAGCGCGGACAGCGGAGCCAAGAUGGCGGCCGAAUUGGAGUACGAGUCUGUGCUGUGUGUGAAGCCGGACGUCAGCGUCUACCGGAUUCCGCCCCGGGCCUCCAACCGCGGUUACAGGGCAUCUGACUGGAAAUUAGACCAGCCAGAUUGGACUGGUCGCCUCCGAAUCACUUCAAAAGGGAAGAUUGCCUAUAUCAAACUCGAGGAUAAAGUUUCAGGGGAGCUUUUUGCUCAGGCUCCAGUAGAACAAUAUCCUGGUAUUGCUGUGGAGACAGUGACAGAUUCCAGCCGCUACUUUGUCAUCCGGAUCCAGGAUGGUACUGGGCGCAGUGCUUUCAUUGGCAUUGGCUUCACAGAUCGGGGAGAUGCCUUCGACUUUAACGUCUCCUUGCAGGAUCACUUCAAGUGGGUAAAGCAGGAAUCUGAGAUUUCCAAGGAAUCUCAAGAAAUGGAUGCUCGUCCUAAGUUGGAUCUGGGCUUCAAGGAAGGACAAACCAUCAAGUUGAGUAUCGGGAACAUUACAACCAAGAAAGGAGGUGCUUCUAAGCCCAGGACUGCAAGGGGUGGGGGCCUGAGCUUACUCCCACCCCCGCCAGGAGGCAAAGUCACUAUUCCCCCACCGUCCUCCUCAGUCGCCAUCAGCAAUCAUGUCACCCCACCACCCAUUCCGAAAUCUAACCAUGGAGGCAGUGAUGCAGAUAUCCUUUUAGAUUUGGAUUCUCCUGCUCCUGUCACGACACCAGCACCAACUCCAGUUUCUGCAAGCAAUGACUUGUGGGGAGACUUCAGCACUGCAUCCAGCUCUGUUCCAAACCAGGCACCACAGCCAUCCAACUGGGUCCAGUUCUGAAUGGCAUUGGCAGGACAUUAAGGACAGACUUGAGGAAUAAAAAUGACCUUGAGGGCACCAAUCUGUGAGGGAAGUUAGGAACCCAUUUCCUCCCCAGAACCAAAAUGACUGGACAAUCUUUUUCAUAGCUUCUCCAUUGCAUUCAAGCUGGUUUAUGUCACUCCCCUGUGUUGUUACUUGUACAGCCAAGAAAGUAUCUAUUAUCUCCUGCUCAGUACCAAGGUAGGGGACUAGUGGAUCUUAUCAUCGUUUUGGCUGACUAUGCAGGGCUCAAAAGGCCAGCAUCUGUUUGAGGGGGAAAUGACCUCUAACAUCUGUAAAAUUUGUCUCAUCUUUUAAAUUCUUUAACUUAUUUCAAAAUCAUCUCAUGACCCUUGUGUGCCUCUUUGUGAAGCCCUAUUUAGCAAUUUCAGGGGAGUCAAAAACCUUGCAACUUCCUUCUCCACUAACCCAGGACUAAAAAUGGACAGGCUGACCUCAGUGUUUACAAAUUCAGAAUUUUGAUAGGGGUAGAUAUGGAGAAAGGCCUAUUUCCUGGGUCUCUGCUGUGUAGCCUCCUUCAGGCUUAUUGUACUCAGUGAACAUCCAGUGCUGGGUGCAGCUCCAUCGCCCUCUUGUGUGUUUACAUGUCUCUUUCUAUGAUAAGAGGGUUGUGUUGGUGGCACCUCCACUAUUCUUUUCUGUUUGUUGAAUUGGAAUUGUGUAACAUCUUUGACCAGUGGGUGUCUCUGUAAUGAAGGAGGUUCAAGAGGCUGUGCUUUCCAAGUGAUAGUCUAUAGGAGUGUUUAAUUUCUUGCAGCUCCAUCUGGUUGCUGCAUUUGAAGCAUGGCAUUAAUUUGUAUUUGCCCUGUUAUUUGACCUAAAGUUGAAGGGUUUAGAGUUUUUAACCUGAUCUGUAGAGCAGAGAGAUUGAAAACACUUAACUCUUGUUUAGUACCCUCAUUGCCUUGCUGCCUGGGUAUCUGGCCCCUUUCCAUAAACAUUUCUUUUCAGUUCAUGUAGUUCUUUAACAGAAAGCUGCUAUUAUGUAUAUUGUCAUUUGUGAAGUAAGUUGGAGAGUCACAGCUUUACUGUGACAGGUUUUGCCCAAGGCUUUGAUACCUGUCACCCAGGGUAUCUUAAAAGCAAGUUGUUCUCCCACUACUUUCCUUUCCCUCUGCCCUGCCAUUCCUUUUACAAUGCUGUGAAAAAAGUUCUGCUUCUUAGGUGAGUGGGUACUUUCUAUCUUGUUUCUAAAUGAGCAAUUUUGAGGAUGAAAUGGGAAGAUCUAAUUGCUUCCCUUUUGCACCUAUUUGGGUAUGUACACUCUGGCAGAAGGGAGUCCUUAGGUUUAGUUUCAAAAUAUAUUACUUUCCUGGAUUCCCUUCUUAACUUUUUCUGACUUGGGUCCAUUUUCUUUUCAUUGCCUCCUUUUCCAGGCAGCUCUAUUCUUGCAGAGCCAUGGCAGGACAUAUUAAAAUUCCAAUAGAGAACACUAAAAGGAAAGUCUGUAGAAUCACUAGUGACUAAAUACUGGGAACCUAUUUUCUCAAUCUUCCUCCAUGUUGUGUUCUUUGUAUUCUCAAGAUGAUAAUAUAUUAUGUAUUUGAAUUCCUGAAAAAUGGAAAAUGUUUAAGAUAUAUGUAUAUAAAGCAUAUCCUGUAUUGGUGCAAUAAUGGUAAUUAAAAAUAUGAAAAAAGUGUC